GAAAAAGAGAAAAUUUGAGAGGAGACGCAGGCAGCACCAGCAGAGAAGAUAUUCUGUGUUUAUUUCUUAUUUUUGCAUAGUCGUUGGUAAACGGAUCUAAAAUAUGGAUAUUAUCCGUUUCGUUUACUAAUGUUUCGUUUGAUGCCUUCAUGUCUUAAUUAAUUUUCUUUAUUAAAUACAAAUAUAAAAUUUAUUUAAAAUAAACAUAUAUAAGUGAGAUUGAUUGAAGCUCCAUCUACAUCUGCAUCUUAAUACAUGAGAAGGGAAGGAAUUAAGGUUGUAAUUAACUGAUGGAUCCCGACGCCCAUAUAGCUGUCACAACCAAACCAUAUGAAUUGAAUGCAAAACACACAACUUGUGAAGUGAUGCCUUCGAAGUUCGAACCCUCCUGCCCCAUGGAUUGGUUGGUAGCUCCUCACUGCCGUCUUAAUAAUUUAUGGCGGACUGCAUUUCAACAAUAAAAUGCUGCGGAUUCUCCCUUACUUGUGCGACUGUAAAUCAGCCAUAGAUUCUUGCUUUUAUCAUAAUCUCCGAUUCUCCAUCUGCCACCGUCUUUGUGCCAUUGCUACUUUUACCAACGCAGUCGAGAGGCACCCAUUUGGACCACAUGAACUCGGCUACUUCAGUCCCGUGGAAUUGCAACCGUUGAGCCGCAUCUUACAUGAAUGCACUGAAGCAAAAGAUUUCCACACCGGUUUGUCGGUCCAUUCUCGUCUCCUAAAGCUUCGACUUGAUGGGUCUGUGUCCUUGUGGAAUAAGCUGCUUGGCUUGUACUGCAAAUGUCAGCAGUUUCUACUUGGGCGUCAACUGUUCGAUACAAUGCCUACAAGAGAUGUCGUUUCCUUUAACACGAUCAUUUCGUGUUUUGCUCGUCAUGAACGUGGUUUUGAAGCCGUCUCCUCUUUUAAGAAGAUGAUCGAAGAGGAUGCCAGGCCCAAUCAUAUCACUCUUGCCGCGCUGAUUGGAGCUUGUGCUAGUCUACCUGCUUCAAAGCUAAGAGAAGUCUUUCAUGGGCAAGCAAUUCAGUAUGGGCUGAGUUCUAAUGUUUACGUGGGUUGUUCCUUGGUUGAUGGGUAUGGAAAGGAGAUGAGAUUAAACGAUGCAAUUAAAGCGUUCAUUGAGAUUGCCGAACCAGAUUUGGUUUCUUGGAACAUUAUGAUUGAUGGGUGCGUGCGGAAUAGCAGUAAAGAUCAUGCCUUGAGAAUUUUCACCCACAUGCUACGAGAGAACCUAGAUUAUGAUGGAUUUACCUUGACUAGUCUCAUGAAAACAUGCUUGGAACCCAAAGAUAUCUACUUGGGGAAGCUGCUCCAUUGUUGUGCCGUAAAAACCAGUUUCACUUGUGAAACACCCAUAUGCAAUGCCCUUGUUACCAUGUACUCGAGAUGUGAGAGAGGAAUGAUGUCUGCAAGGGGAAUUUUUGGGGAAACUUUAGCUCCUAACAUUAUCUCUUGGACUGCCAUGAUCACAGGGUUUAUGCAAAAUAAACAGAAUGAGGAAGCAAUAGAGUUUUAUCAAGAUAUGCUUAGACUUGGUGUAGGAGAGAAUGAUUUCAGCUUUGCCAGUAUCCUUGCAGUGUACAGUGAUUUGGCAAGCCUCGAGCAGGGGAGGCAAAUUCAUGCUAGGGUUGUCAAGACAUGCUCGGGGAUCGAUCUUUCAGUUUACAAUGCUCUAAUAGAUAUGUAUUCCAAGAGUGGCAGUUUAUCAGAAGCUCUCUUGGUGUUUAGGACAAUGGGAAGACAUGAUAAGGUUUCUUGCACAACAAUGAUUACAGCUUUUGGUCAGCAUGGCAACGGAAGGGAGGCUCUGGCUAUUCUAGAUGAAAUGACAAGGGAAGGAUUAUAUCCCGAUGAUGUUACAUUUCUUGGGUGUCUUUCUGCAUGUAGCCAUGGUGGUCAUCUGGAUGAAGGGAUUCAGGUUCUUAGGAUGAUGUUUAAUGUUUAUAAUCUUAAACCUAGGAGGGAGCAUUUUUCCUGUGUUGUUGACAUGUUGGGUCGUGCUGGGAGGUUGAUUGAAGCAGAGAGGUUUAUUGAAGAGAUGGGGAUUGGAUCAGAUGUCUUUGUAUGGGAAACAUUGCUUGGUGCUUGUAGGCUUCAUGGAGAAAUGGGUUUAGGAGAAAGAACAGUGAAAAAGAUUAUUGAGUUACAGCCAAAUAAGCAUGCUUCUUAUGUGUUGUUAGCCAAUAUGUAUGCAGACCAGGGCUUAUGGGAUGACAAGGGAGUUGUUUUGGAGAAGUUGGACGCAAAUGGUUUGAAGAAGGAAGCUGGCUGUAGUUGGGUGGCAUUAGAAAAUUUCUCAUGCUGAAAGUAGUGUUUUUGUUAAAUGUUUGGAUAAUAUAAAAAUCUUUGUUUCAUAUUGGAGGCUGGCAUGUCAGAAGAAUACGAAAUAUCAUGCCCAAAAGAAACUUGAUUCUUGAGCAGCAGGUAAUUUAAAUCUCUCAUGAACUGGGGGCUUGGCUCUAGCAAAAAUUCAUAAAUUCGACUUCACAGUGAUGGAGGAUAUCUAACCGCAUGUUAAAUAUCUCCGAACAAGAGUUAUUUUUAACUCGACAACUCUUCCAUCAUCUUGUAAGUUUUGACUUCUUUGGUAAUUGGAGCUUUCCCUUUUGAAACUUGUUGACAUUUCCUCUUCUUAGGUAAAAGUAUCCAUCUGCCUAUUGAAUUAGACAUCUAACAUGCAUGUUAUAUGUUGCCAACAUCAGCCUUUCCACACGUUCUAAACUCUUUGCAAUGACAGGCAAGCUUCUCUCCGUGUUCAGAAGUUUCAUUUCUCAUUUCUCAUUCCACAUUCCAUCUAUGAUUUAUCAUCUAUAUGCGAAGCUUUUCUGUUCUUUUUUUUUUUUUUCUUCCGAUACAGAAGUUAAAACCAAACUUACCCUCACAUGGAAUGGCAUAAUCGACAAAAGAAUAGCUGGAUUUUGAGGUAAUCAAAAGCUACAGUGAGGCAUUAUGAAGCUCUAACCCAUAUAAGAAAGAUGAAGCUUAAUAGUACUGCCAUUGCUGGUGCAUCUUUGUCUGUGCAUAGCUGUAAUUGGAAACAAUCUCGUUUAAACGAACUCAGUGCGUCUUAAAGCAUUCAGAGUCUCAGCUGAUCUGCUACAUUAAGAUGAAGUAGGUUUCCUUGAAGAACCUUUAUUAUUUGUAUCAUAGGAGACGCAUAACUUUGAUAUUAUUUGUACAGAAACUGAAAAUUAUUUGAAGUUUUUAUGCAAAAAAAAAAAAAGAAAAGAAAAAAAAGAAAAGAAAAAAGAUGUACGAAAUGAUCCGAUAAUGA